AAGUAGCUUGGACCAUCUUGAAACCCGCCAUUCCACUUUCCCCUAGACCUGGUGUCGCCCUUUCAGCUUUCCCUACGCUUUCAACACUUCUUCGUCUUCUUCACUUAUCCUUCAACAAUGGCUCGUUUCCUUAUCGCCCUUUUGUCUGUAGCCUUGAUGGCUUUCUUCUUCCAAGUUGAAGCUGUUCCUCUUCAUAGCCGCCAGAUCGGUGAUGUCCAAUGCAACGCCGCGCGUCUCAAGACAGUUGCCAGUCUUGCAGCCACGAAAAAGGCGGUCAGUAACAUUGAUACCAGCAAUUCCACUGCUACAGGAACUGCAGUCACUGACGCGCAGACGGGAUUAGACUCCGCGAGCGCCGGUAUCAAGACCAUUGCUGCAGCCCUCUUGACAGGGAAGACUGCUCCUGCUGAUGCUCGCGACCAAGUCAAGAACGGGUUGCUUUCUGCUCAGACGGCACUGAAUGGAAUUACUACGGGAGACGCGACGACUGCAGAGGCCCAAUCCAAGCUCAAUGAUACUAUCUCUGCCGGCAGCGACGUCGUUGCUAACUGUAACUAAAACAGGGGUCGUUGGGUAAGGAAGAACUUUCGGUUAAAGGACUUGGACUCGCUGUACUUUGGUGCCCUCUUUUUGCCUAGUAGUGUUCCCCGCGUUGUGAUGUAGUCAGUCAAACUAGGCAUAGAAUGAAUUUCUUUGAAUAGGGUACAUGUCUCGACCAGCUGAUGCAAACCGGUCCAGCUGACUGGUCCCAGUACUACUGGGCAUCCGGCUGCCAGAUAGCCUUUCCGUCUAUAUUUUCAAGGUAACCAUCUUGUGUGAACAGCAGACCUUCUUCUUUGAGCAAGGCCAAUUUACGAUUGAC